UACACUGAAGUUUCAUUGCUUGAAUGUUUGUACUUCCGGUUCACUUGGCUCAAUGUCCGUGUACCCUCGCAGUUUUUUUGUGUUCCCUUCGAACCAAACUGGCUCCUUCAAAGCAUUCUCAUCAGAUGCAACAAAAUACGAAUGAGUGAAGGCCAACGCAAUCCCAAACAUCAAGUAGAUACGUGGAAGAUAAGUAGAGGAAAUCCAGGCCACGACGAUCAACCAAACGAAAGAAAAUGAGGUGUCCUGCAGACAUCACUAUAAAAGAGCUUCACUCUGAGAAGUGCGAUCCCCUCCAUGUUAAAGAGGAGGAGUCGGAAAUGCCGUAUAUCAAACAGGAGGCGGAGCCAGAGACCUAUAGAAUUAAAGAAGAAAAACAGGAAGAUGAAAUCUUUCCAAUAACUGUUAUUGUGAAGAGCGAGGAAGAUGAAGGUCCGUGCGAAGCAGCGAAACCUGCGAGCGACAGCUCUCUUCAACACCAGACAACAAAAAGAGAGCGACGACCGCAACCCGAUGGGUUGUUAGCUCCGCUCUCGGACAGUGACGAUGUAACGUCACGCUCUUCUGACUUUAACACUGAUGAGGACGAUAAUGACUUUGAGCCAAAUGCUUCAAAAUCCCGAAACAAGUCAUCAUUGAAAAGAGACACAAAAGAAUGCGCGGUUGAGAAGCCUUUUGCCUGCUCACUCUGUGGUAAAAGAUUCACUAAGAAGAUUCAUUUAGGAAGACACACGCUUACACACACAGGAGAAAAGCCUUUUCCAUGCUCACUUUGUGAUAAAAGAUACUUCACGAAGACAGAUUUAAACAUACACACACGAACACACACUGGAGAGAAGCCUUUCGCUUGCUCUUUUUGCGAUAAAAGAUUUGGCCGUAAGCAACUGUUAACAAGACACACACGUACACAUAGUGGAGAAAAGCCUUUUGUAUGCACAUGGUGUGGUAAAGGAUUCACCAACAAUGGACAUUUGAACGAACACACAAGAAAGCACACUGGAGAGAAGCCUUUUGACUGCUCACUUUGCGAUAAACGAUAUUUCACAAAGAAAGAUUUAACAAGACACAUGCGUACACACACGGGAGAAAAGCCUUUUCCAUGCUCACUUUGUGAUAAAAGCUACUUCAUGAAGGCAGAUUUAAACUUUCACACAAGAACACACAAUGGAGAGAAGCCUUUCGCCUGCUCUCUUUGCGAUAAAAGAUUUGGCCGUAAGCAACUGUUAACAAGACACGCGCGUACUCACAGUGGAGAAAAGCCUUUUGUAUGCCCAUAUUGUGGCAAAAGAUUCACUCAGAAAAGAAAUUUAAAGACGCACGCUAGAUCGCACACUGGAGAGAAGCCUUUUACCUGCUCAAUCUGUGGUGAAAGCUUCACUCAUAAGAGAACUUUAAACACACAUGCAGUGACACACACUGGAGAGAAGCCUUUCGUCUGCACAUGUUGCGGUAAAGGAUUCACCGACAAGGGACAUUUGAACGAACACACAAGAAUGCACACUGGAGAGAAGCCUUUUGGCUGCUCACUUUGCGAUAAACGAUUUUUUACAAAGAAAGAUUUAACAAGACACACGCGUACACACACGGGAGAAAAGCCUUUUGUCUGCACAUCUUGUGGUAAACGAUUCGCUGAGAAGGGAAGUUUAAACAAACACACAAUGACACACACCGGAGAAAAGCCUUUUCCCUGCUCAGUUUGCCAUAAAAGAUUCUCUCGGAAAUCACUACUAAGCUAUCACACGAAAACACACACUAGAGAGAAGCCUUUCGCCUGCUCUCUUUGCUAUAAAAGAUUCGGUCGAAAGCAACAUUUAACAACACACACCCAUACACACACCAGGAAACAGCCUUUUCUCUGCACACUUUGUGGCAAGGGAUACACCCGGAAGGAAGAUUUAAACAAGCACGCUAAAAAACACACCUAAUUUACUUACGGCUUACUGCUUUUCACAAUUUUAAUCACCGUAUUUUUCGGACUACAAGUCGCACCGGAGUAUAAGUCGCAUUAUUGGGGGUAAUUUACUUGAAAAAAAUCCAACACAUAGAACAGAUAUGUCAUGUUGAAAGGCAAUUUAAUGUUAAAAAUACAAUAGAGAGCAACAUGCUGAAUAAGUGUACAGUAUAAUGUUACAUGAUGCAUGAACAAUGAAAUGCGAAUAUACAGUCCUCACCAGAAUGCUACGGCUCGGUCCUGGCUAUACAGCGAGCUAAACUCCCGAAUGCUGAUGCUGGACGUCCGUAUAAUUUGCUGAAUCAAUUUCGUCCUUGAUACCAAACGGGUUUGCGUCAACGUAAAUGGAUGACAAUUAGGUGCUAUUACAACAGUGACACAAACGGCAUGUGUUCGCUAGCAUUAGCACAUCAUUCAAACAACCACACAACUGGCUCUAAGUGUCCGAUCGCGGGUGGAAAACAAACAACAACAACAGAAAAGAUGAUACACAAAGGUGUUGCCUCUGUAGAGAAAUUUUACAAGCAUAAACAAUGAACGUAGGUUCGCAGCCGUGUUUUUCUCUCGCUAACUCACCCACUCACUCAGAGCUGCGUAGCUGUCCGUCUUCUUCUGGCGCAGUACUUCUCAAAUAGUGGGGCGCGCCCCCCUGGGGGGGGCGCAGAGCGAUGCCAGGGGGGGCGCAUGUGACCUCGGGGAACAUGUUUUUAAAAUUUUUUUUUUUGCCGUACUGGAAUAAAGUGUACUUGCACAUCCACUCAGUAGGUGGCAGUGGCGCUCUCAUUUUCAGAGUGCGCGCAGUAUUUUUGAACUAAGGAAGAGCACUCAGCACACACAGACAACAGAUAUGAAGAGCAGUGUGCCACCGCCGUUUUCGAAAGCCGUUUUCCGACCGGACUCACUCACGCAGCGACCCACUGUCUUGUCCGGUUCUCACGUCGCCGCCCGAGAAGUGCCAUUUUCGGCUUGGGAUCGUCACAACGACUGCCCUCACUACCUCGGCCGCCGUGAAUCCGCUUUUUUCGUGCCGUUUGCCUUUUAGCUUUGACGCUUAAUACAGUGGGUGAUGAUGAAAGACCACUGUUUACUGUGUCUAAAAAUAAUUAUAGCAGACAGCCAGAAGCCAAAUCAAUUAAGACGCCACUUAAAGACAUUAGACCCCAAUCUCAUUGUUAAGCCGCUUGAUUUUUUCAGUGGAAACGUGCCGAAUAUUGCCAACAAUCGUCCUGCUUAUUCAGUGUUACAUCAGUAAGCCAGUGGGCAUUGUUAGCAUGCUAAUUGCAAAAUAACUCCACACCAUUGCAAAGGAGGUAAAUAUUGUGAGCAGCAAAAAUAAAAACUGUCCUGUCCAAGGACACUUUUUUUCUUCUUCUUUUAUUCAGAUUUGUUUUUUCGGUCAAAUUUUUUGGCACAUUGUCCUCAUGAGUGAAUGUUUCUAAUCAAUUUUAAUUUGUUAUUAUUUACUGAUUUUAUUACAUUUUAUUUUUCUGUAUCAAAUGGUCAAAAAUGUACCUUGAGUGUAUUUUUUAGUUUGGAUGUGAAUUU